GGUCUGCGCAGCACCAGAUAAACACGAACGGCUACCUUUACGUUAAACCUGUGUUUUUGAUAACAAUCUUAACUCUAAAUCGAAGUGCUUUAAAUUUGUUCAGGUCUUUGGAUGUCUCAGGAAAGUACGUGGUCUCACAGGUUUCCCGUGUUUGGGUUUUCGGGAUUUUAUUUGACUUUGAAGAUUGAUGUAAAUGCGCUGCAAGGGAUGAACGUUGACCACGUGCACUUUGAAUAAAACAACUCGCAGCAUGUGGAAGUAUCAGCAGCCUGACUUUGCAUCAUUUUUACUUGGUGAACUCCAGAAACAGCAGCAGGGAAGCAUUUUCUGUGACACACUUCUACAGACAGAAGGUGUCUGUGUUCCAGCUCACAGCUGCGUGUUAGCAGCUUUAAGUCCCAUCUUCUCAGCGGUCCUAUCCACAUCCCCUGCUCCACCUGCAGGAAAGAACCGGCUUCUAAGCCUUAAAGCUGUAGGAUCUCAUGCCUUACUGAAGCUAGUUGGAUUCGUUUACACGGGGGAGAUGAAAAUAGAAAGUCAGAGCGAACAUGAGGAUGUAAUGGCUGCUGCCCACAAGCUUGGCCUUCGAAACCUCAUUGGGAAAAAAAGAGUGUGGGUGGAACGAAGAGUUGAAGACGUUGGGAGAUAUCAGAAGGAGGCUGGUGUACAGACCGAAGAGAACGUGAAGGUCAAGAAAAGUGUGAGCGUGCCAUUGCCUUUGGGGGGACAGAGUAGUACUUUUUAUAAUGCAAAUAAUAGUGGUGCUCCAGUGAGUCCAAUGUUGGAUUUGUCAUUUGACAAACAUAGUCCAACUAGAAAACUUAAUGUCACUGUUCCUUCCCUUACUGACACGACCGAAGCAUCGAUAUCAAACCAGCAUAAAACAAAUGCUAAACAGAGAUGCAAAAUAAGAGAUGGCAAGUUAAAAAGUCCAACUUUGCAACUAAACCAGAUGAAGCUUCUGAACGUUGAAGGAACCGAACCGAUCCGAGAUGGAGUGAUGGAAAGAAGUAGAAAUGUUUCGGGCAAAGACUUUCGAAAACUUUUAGAGGAUGUUACUUUGCAAAAAAAUGCCAAUGCUGAACAAAAAGAGACCAAAGUAGACCAGUUCAACAUAAAGGUCAAACUGAGAAGGAGAGGAACCUGCUGGGAUAGCAGACUCCUGGUCUCUGUCGAGGGGGAGAGCGAAUCAGAUGAAGUGAAGGAGUUUGGACCUUCAGCCCUGGGCUGCCCAUCUGGUGUGCUUCUUGGUCAAAGCCUUGGAACUCUCACCCCACCGAUGGAUCUGCCCGUUUUACCCUCUAUAUCCUCCACCGGUCUGUCUUCAGAUAAACAGUGUCUUCAUCCUCCAAAUCACAGUUCUGUUUCUGCUCUUUUGGAUCUACCAACUUUAUCUUCAAGCGCUCCCCAAGCAGAAGAAUCUGACGAACAGAUCGCAAUGCUCUUGGAGGAUAUGUUCAUGAUGGGAUUAAACAUCCUGCCCUUGAUGCCAUUAGACAGAAAUCUGGAUGAGCAUCAGCUGAACCAGCUUGAUCCUCUUCAGGAACAAACAGGGGGGACUGAGUCCUCUGCUCUAAAUUCCAGUUGUUUUUUGCAAGGCUUUGAGCCAGAAAACAGAGAAUCCGGUUUUAGUGAGACGGCAACCUCGGUUAGAUUUAAGCGCCAAAGACGUGGAGAGCUUGAGUACUCCAGCUUUCAAAAACAAGAGAGACUCCAAACACUCGAGCCUUCAACUCAGUCAGCCGGACAAGGACUUCAUGCUUCACUUUCCCACAUAAACAAAGAUACAAAUCUGAAAACCGUGCCGGGAGACUCCGUCGCCCCACUUGUAGAAGACCUGUUGUUAACCACAAAAGCCACACCUGACCCCGAAUGUCACCUUUCUGAAACGGAUGAAAUGUCAGACUUCGAUGUGACCACCGCCGGUUUCAAACUGAGAUGCCUUUCCCCUCUUGAUGACAGUGAUGUUCCUGCACAGGAGCCAUCAGGACCAUCACAACACAAGACAACAAAUGACUUGCAUGCUGAGCAAACUAAUAUCAUUCCUGAGCUUCCUAAGCAGAGAAGGACCAGAAGACGUAAAGCAACUCAAAGGCUUAGACGGAACGCAACCAGGAAAUGUCAAAAAUUACCCAAUGAGUCUCAGGCUCAGUCAAGGCUAUCCAAGAAUAAAUCUGAUUAUAUGGUCGUAGAGACCAACUAUGAAAACAUUAAGCCGACUACCUCCAACUCACGUGGAGCCGAUACCCAAAUGACUUCUAAUGCAAACCAAAAAACAGUCACUGGAGUGAAGCGAAGACGUGAGAUGUCUUUACCAGUCUGUAAGAAAAUGACUCGGAGUGCUACCAGUAAACAAUGUGAACAUGAAGAUGAUGUACCUAAAGCACAGGUCACUAUGGGUCCUGUAAAACGAGGUCGUGGCAGACCUCCAAAAAAGAGAAAAAUCAUGCAAACAUGUAAUGAUGUUAAUAAAUUAGAAAAACCAUCUACAAGCAUGCCUGCUUGUUUGAAUCAGGGGGAUUGUGAAGUGUACACAAUCAAGACGGCCAAUGUGCUAAAAGAGGUUGACAAACAAGAAUCAAAUACUCAAAAGAAAAACUCGACAGAAAUUGGGAAGGCAGAUGUAAAUAGCAAUUUUGAACUGACAAAGCAAAAUUCAACUAAAAAGAUCCCAAGUAUCACUGAUCAAGUUUUCCAUCAGACUUGCCCAAGUGACAGUUCUCUGCCGAUUGGUCAGCGGUUAACAUCAAACACACAAGACGGAGAUAGUGAGAGUAAUUUUGGAGAGAACGAAAUGGGGAUAUUUGUGCUGAUAAAUGAUAAGGACGAUAAGGAAAAGAUGGAUGCAACGGAUAACCAGGUAAGGUUACAGAUGUCACACAGCAAUAUGCCAGAUACUGUGAAAUGUUCAGUAAAAGAGAACGAAAGGCCAGCCAUCAAGAAGAACUCAAGAAAUCAGUGCGAUUUUCAAAAUGAGAUGGAAAAAAACAUUCGAGACCAACCCACUAAACUUUAUGUCAACCCUUUAGAAUCUGAGGACAUAAUGAUAAUAUUAAUGGAUGGUGAUGUUAAUCAUGCUAUGUCACCCACAGAGACAGACAACACGGCUAUUACCAACGAACCAACAGUAAUGGAGAGAAACAAUCAGAAGACAAUAGUGCACACCAGUGUUUGUAAAAAUUCCAAUGGUACGGAAGCAGGAAAUUUGGAAAACAUCAAUUUGGAAGCUGCGGUUUUUAAUGAGCUUUCAUCUGUGGUGACAAGACACAGAGAUGAAGACUUUCAAACAUGCGAUGAUAAUUAUCUUGAGUAUAAUGAGAAUUUAGGUAGAUGCAAAGUGGUUCAACUGGUGAAAGAAACUAUUGAGGAUGAAGAAACUGAAGGUCAGAGGACGAAUGAUGAAAUAGUUAUGGAAAAUGCUGUUAAGGAUGGGCGGGAAAGUUGUGUUAUUGGUGUGGAGGGGGACAAAUACACUCCUGAGAUGAUUAAUACACAGACCCUUCUGGAAGAAGAGGAUUUGAGUACAGUACACAUCGCAAAUGCUAAAACUACAGGCGAUUCACCGAAUUCAGAGAGCAGCGCGCGAGUAAUAAGCAGAAAUGCUUCCAGUGUCCGAACUCAUGAUGAGGUAUCUAAUCGGUCAAACUCUCACAUCAGUGAAGACCACUCAACAGUGCAGACCACUCUGGCCAGCUCGGUAUUAAAAGAUGACAACUACUUGGAUGAAGAAGAGAUUGAAGUAGAUGUUCUGGACGAUCCUGAAGAUGCUUCGUUAUUGCCGUUUGCAGCUGGACAGAUCAUCACCCUGCCCAUUGAGAAUCUACAGGACCAAGAUGUCGAAAUGAGUGUUACUGAAGAAGAGGAGGUAGACGUCACGGGAGAGGAGACGGACUGAAAUAAUUUAGUGCUUUGAAGUUACAUAACAACGUGAUGUAAAGAAUUGUUUUUGUUAUUUUUACAUUAAUUUUUUGCUUGUCUUAUACUUGUGUAGGGUUAAAGUUAAUAUGUUAAUAAUAAAGUUAAUGUGUAUAUGUAUAUAGUUCAUACAUAUUAUACUUUUGGAUGGGUGGUUAAUUAUUUAGGUCAGGCUUUAGAAUUGUUUAUUUUGAGUUAUAUUUUUUAUUCAAGAAAUUGGAUGUAAAUAUACAGAGUUGUGAGUAUUUGUAUAAUAGAGUACUGCAAGGAUGACGUAUUUUUGUAGGCUAAGUAACCCGGAAGUUCGCUGGUUCGCUUAAAAAAGCUCAUUAAUUUGGAAUAGCGCAAAAAAUAAGUUCUGUGUUUAACAAAAGUUGAUGACACCUACACGUUUUGUCCAACAAGUUAAUCCUCACAGAUGAAUUCAAAUGUUUUGAAGUGUAAAUGCGUUUACUAGAAAUAUAAAAAGCCACAUUUUGACUCCAAAAGUCAUAAUUCAAGUUGCGUUCAUAUGUAAAGACUUACUUGUUGGACAAAACGUGUAAGUGUCAUAUAAACUUUUAUUAAACACAGAGCUUAUUUUUUGCGAUCAUCCAAAAGGGUGAAAUGAAUGGGUCGCUAACUUCCGGUUUGGCAAACAAAAAUGCGUCAUCUUUGUGGCACCUAUCCUUGCUUAUUCCUUUUUUUGGGGGGUGUGAAAUAUUAUAUAAUUUAAUAAUAUAAUUUGUUUAUCUGUUAAUAUAACGGUCCACAAUGGGGCCACCAAAGACUUUUAUUAUUAAACAAGAAAAAUAAGCUAAGGCGGUUCUUAACAAUUGAGUUUUAAUCCUUAUGACAAUAAUAUUACAUGUCUAACUAUCAUAUUAAAUUCAAGUAACUGGAGACAAAAUGUUUUCGUACUCAACGUAGAUCGUAAAGCCAU